AUGGUCCCAAAUGAAGCCCAGCAGUACAUGGGGAUUAUCCGUUUACUUCAGCAUUUUGGAUGGAAGUGGGUCGGGCUGUAUGCUGUGGAUGAUGAGAGUGGAGAACGUUUCUUGCAGGCCCUGGAGUCACUCUUUCCCCAGCAUGGAUUGUGUCCUGCAUUCAUAGAAAGAAUUCCAAGACAAAUCUAUUUGACCAACCUGCUUGAAAUCAAUGACAUGGUCUUAAAUAUUUAUCAGCCUGCUUCAGAUGCUAAAGUCAAUACUUUGGUCCUCUAUGGAGAAACUUUCACCUUUUUAUGGCUGACUUAUUUUAUGCUUCUUGGAUCUCCUGGACAUAAAGAAAAUGUGUCUGAUGGAAAGGUGUGGAUUAUGACCGCCCAGAUCGAUUUUGCUUUAACGAGUAUUCUAUCACUUUCUGAUUUGCAAAUCUUCCAAGGUGCCAUUUCCUUCAUGAUUCCCUCCAAUGAGCUUCUACGGUAUCAAGAAUUCCUUCAGCUCAUCAGACCUUGCUGGACCCAAAGAGGCAGUUUUCUGAAGAGCUUCUGGGAGCAAGCAUUCAACUGUUUUUAUCCAAAUUGCAACAUGCCCACGGAAGUCAAUGGAACAUGCACUGGGGAAGAGAGGUUGGAGAACCUCCCUGGGCCUGUUUUUGAAAUGCACAUGACUGGCCACAGCUAUAGCAUCUAUAACGCUGUCUAUACUGUGGCCCAUGCUUUGCACGCCAUGUACGCAUCUAGAUCCAAUCACAGAACAACAGCAGGUGGUAAAAGGGUUUCAGAUAUCCAGCCUUGGGAGCUCCACGCUUCACUUCGAGACAUUUCCUUUAACAACUCUGCUGGAGGAAUCCUGUCUUUCAAUGCAAACAAAGAAAUGAAAGCUGGCCUUGAUAUCAUGAACCUGGUCACAUUCCCUAACAAUUCCAUCUUUAGAAGGAAAGUUGGAAGAAUGGAUAACAGUGAUCCCGAAGGACAAGAGUUAGUCAUUGAUGAGCAAAUGAUUGUGUGGCCCAGGCGUUUUAACCAGGUGCUGCCCAUUUCUCUGUGUAGUGAAUCCUGUCUCCCUGGUUAUCAGAAGAAAAAGAAAGAUGGGGAGAAAUUUUGCUGCUAUGAUUGCGUUCCAUGCCCAGAAGGGAAGAUUUCCAACCAGAAAGACAUGGAUGACUGUAUCAGUUGUCCAGAAGAUCAGUAUCCAAGCAGGAACAGACACGAGUGCAUUCCCAAGACAAUAAGCUUUCUCACUUACGAAGAACCUUUAGGGAUCAGCUUAGCCUCACUUGCUGUUUCUUUGUCCCUCAUCACGGCCUUGGUGCUGAGAACUUUCAUUAAACACAGAGAUACUUCCAUUGUCAAAGCCAACAACCGGGAUAUCUCAUACACUCUCCUCAUCUCCCUCCUGCUCUGCUUCCUCUGCUCUUUGCUCUUUAUUGGACAUCCUAGGAAGGAGACUUGCUUCCUCCGACAAUCUGCUUUUGGCAUCAUCUUCUCAAUGGCGGUGUCUUGUGUCUUGGCCAAAACCAUCACUGUGGUUGUUGCUUUCAUGGCCACCAAACCAGGGUCCAGCAUGAGGAAGUGGGUGGGGAAAAGACUGGCCAACUCCAUUAUUCUUUCCUGCUCACUUAUUCAAGUAAGCAUUUGUAUGUUGUGGCUAGGAACCUCUCCCCCUUUUCCAGAAUUUGAUAUGCAGUCCCUGAGUAGAGAGAUUGUGGUAGAAUGCAAUGAAGGAUCCGUCGUCAUGUUCUAUGUUGUUCUGGGCUACAUGGGGCUUCUGUCCUUCAUCAGCUUGACUGUGGCUUUCCUAGCCAGGAAGUUGCCUGACAGUUUCAAUGAAGCCAAGUUUAUUACCUUCAGCAUGCUGAUGUUUUGCAGCGUUUGGGUGUCUUUUGUUCCAACCUACCUGAGCACCAAAGGGAAAUACAUGGUAGCGGUGGAGAUCUUCUCUAUCUUGGCCUCUGGUGCUGGUUUACUGGCUUGUAUCUUUUCCCCUAAAUGCUAUAUUAUUCUUCUAAGGCCAGAGUUAAACAACAGGGACCAGUUAAUUUGGAGGAAGUGUUAA